AUGUCUUGCUACGACCUGGUCUCCAGCUCUGCCUGCGGUGUUGCUCGCCCCCAGCCUCUCGCUGACACCUGCAAUGAGCCAUGUGUCCGUCAGUGCCCUGAUACCACCACUGUGAUCCAGCCACCUCCAGUGGUCGUCACCCUCCCCGGACCCAUCCUCAGCUCUUUCCCCCAGGAUUCAGUUGUGGGAUCCUCUGGAGCACCCUUCGUUGAGGGCUAUGGUGGCCUGGGAGGCUAUGGUGGCUAUGGGGGUCUGUACGGAUAUGGAGGCUAUGGCUCCCUGGGCUAUGGAGGUCUCUAUGGCUAUGGGGGCUAUGGGUCCCUGGGCUAUGGUGGUCUGUAUGGAUAUGGGGGAUAUGGCUCCCUAGGCUACGGUGGUCUGUAUGGCUGUGGGGGCUCUCUGGGUUAUGGGGCCAUGGUGGGCUCCUCUGGAGCACCCGCCUUUGGGGGCAACCUGGGGCUGGGAGGCCUCUACGGUGCUGGAAGCCUUUAUGGGGGCUCUCUUGGAUAUGGAGCCCAGUAUGGAUAUGGGAGUUCUGCCCUCUCCACGCUCAGCAGCGGGUUCUGCAGCCCAUUCUCCUCCCGCCGGUACAGCCGCUUCCUCCGCAACAGCUGUGGGCCCUGCUAAAGGCAGCAGAAAGGUCUCACAAGAGAGGCAUGAAGACCCAGAUGCAGAGCAAUAAGGAUGGGGGUUCAGCAUUUCUGCAGCCCUGCAGUGGAGCUACUGCCACUUUGCAUUUCUGAUCUUUCUUCUACAUUUUGUUUAACCUUCCAUUUCUAGUUCCUUUUUUGCUAUUGUUGCCUGUUCCAGCUUUCCCGUUUUUUUUUUUUUUUUAACCAUCAUGGGGCAGCCUAUUCCAUAUGGACAUCACUCACAAUGAUGUGUAUCUUCAUCAGUAGUUGCACAACAGACCGAAGAAAGACAGCUGAGAAAAGCAGUACCUCUGAACAGGACAUUUGUUGAACAUUCUCUGAAAUAGUCUGGCAACAGAUUUUUCAUAUUCUUGCUUUGCAAAUCUAGGCAUUUCUUGCUCAUUAAAAUUGUGUUGCAUUGCAUGGCAGCCUUCUGGUUUCGUUUUCUCCAUUUACCCACAGUAU